AUGUCGCUCCACUUUGAUCACUCGUCGAUUGACCACUCUUACCAACCCCCGAUCCAAGGGGCUUGCCGAUCUCCUUGUCCAGCCCUCAACGCCCUUGCAAACCACGGGUACCUUCCUCGCGAUGGGCAAAAUGUGACCGUCCCCCAGCUGGUGCAUGCAACAACCACAGUCUAUCACCUUUCAUAUCCGCUCGCCCUCAUUCUCUCCGUUGUUGGUGCCAUCAAGUGCGGGAACGGAUGGUCGAUUGAUCUCCACGCCCUAGCCAAACAUGGUGCUAUUGAGCACGACGGCUCCCUCGUACACGCCGAUACGCCCUCCGGCUGUCCAUACGCGCCCACAACCGUUGAUUCAGACCUUGUGCAGCAAUUGCUGUCAGUCACGCCAGAGUCAUCCCUAUCACUACACGACUUCGCCCGGGCACGAGCAGAGCGUGACGUUGCCAUGUGUAAUCCACUGGACAAGCUGCAUGCGGAAAUCGCACGCGGAGAAUCAGCUCUGACUGUCGAAAUUCUCGGAUCCGAUGGUGUCGACAAGUUAGGCAAGGAGGACACUCGUGGUUGUCCCGAGAGGAGAGUUUCGAAAGCAUUCAUCGAGCAAUGGUUCGUCCAAGAGAAGUUGCCCGACGGGUGGCGAAGGCCUGAGAAGGCAGUAGGGUUACUCAAUAUCGCCGCCAAGUCGAAGGAAGUCGCGCAGAUGGUGCUGGCCAUUCGCUCAGGCCAAUCGUCAUAG